AUGCGGUCCAUCCCAGUAAUCUCAAGCUUCGUGACAGUACUAAACGCUUUCUCCAUACACCGCAAACCCCAUGCCGACUUCAAGUACCUCGUCACCUUUGGAGACAGCUACACCGACAACGGCCGCCUAGGCUACUACAGCUCUCAUGAUGCCCACGGACCGCCCCCGGGCGUAAUGCCCCCCGAGGCCAACGUCACGGCCAGCGGAGGCCUGCAGUGGCCUCAAUACGUCGAAGCCAGCACGGGCGCGACUCUCUACGACUAUGCCAUCGCCGGCGCAACGUGCGACAACAACAAUGUGGAGAGAUGGGCCGCAUUCAUGAACGCAUAUUACCCAUCCAUCAUCACCGAUGAGCUCCCCUCGUUCAAGGCCGAUCGCAAGACGAAGCUGUACAGGGGCGUCACUUCGGAAAACACGGUGUAUGCGCUGUGGAUAGGGACAAACGACCUGAGCUACACGGGCAUCCUCAGCGACUCACAAGUGGCGGGAACAAACAUCACCACGUACAUCGACUGCCUCUGGAAUGUCUUUGACGCGAUUCACGCAGCUGGCGGCCGCCGCUUCGUCAUCCUCAACAACAACGCUUUGCAGCUUACGGCGCUGUACCGCCCGCUGUCAGACGGAGGCGCGGGCGACAACCAGUUCUGGGCCAAUAAGACGCUCUACAACCAGACUGAGUACGCGCAGAAGAUGCUCGAGUACACGGUUUCGGCAAACACGAUGAUUGACUACGGCGUUCCGUUCCACCUGCUCGUCAAGAAUCGCUGGCCGGGGUCCAAGAUUGCAGUGUAUGACAUACACAGCCUCAUCAUGGACAUUUACAACGAUCCCAGCCGCUAUUUGGAGCCGCCGCAUAAUAUCGUAUGA